AUGUUUGGCCCUGACAUGCACUCACAUACUCACCCCUGGAUGCUUAGCCAGAUUUCCCGUUACUCAGUACCAGAACUUAUCGCCGUCUACAAAGAUAUAUCGACGACCAUGGCCUUCGCAUAUGUUCCAUACUACAUGAUGAUAAGAUAUCGCCAGACCGCAAAUCUUAUUGAGGAAUAUGUUGAGAGAAUAGGCGGAUCGCUCACUGGAGUUCUACUAGAGAGAUCCCCGAUGGCACUAGCUCAAGAUGCGGUGCCAGAUAUUAUAGUCCAGGCACCUCAACAGCAGGUAGUUCGAGUACAGGCUCCGCCUCCGGCUCCGCGGGUUAUCCAUGUGCCAUCACCUCAACCACAAGUCAUCAUUGAAACUGUUGAUCAUCUUGGUCGCGUCAUCUCGAGGGCUCCGGCGCCGGAAACCCCUGGUUCUACUACAGCUAUACCUUCACUGCCUAUGAUAGAGAACGGGUCCGCAAACGAGGUGCGUGCUAGUGAGUCGGAGAAUGACAGGAAGUAUCGAGAGUGGAAGGAACGACAGGGGAAGUUAUGCUAUAUUAUAAGGCCCUAUUCGGCUCUGUCUGCUUUUAGAAUAGUUCCGUGA